AUGAGCGUUCAGGCUGCCGAAAGAAACUUUCCAGGCAGAGUCGAACUCGGUUUAAAAAAUGACAACGGUAAGUUUGUGAAUAUUUCUGUUUCGGUCAAAUCGGACAAACAUAUAGGAACUUAUUCAGGAACUGAAUCCAAUGACUCCGAGUUGGUCGGAAUUCACGACAUGUUGCGCAACAGCGUCUACACAGGUUAGUUGCUUUACCGAAUUCAAAAUUGGCAAAAAAAAAGUUUCAGAGUCAGUGAUGCGUAGCAAAAUGGCUAAUAAACGAGACUUGUACCCAGAUCCUCCGUCCGCUCCAGCGCAUCAGGUCGUCUCCUCUUCUGGAAGUAUGCUUCACAGAUGUUGUUUUGAUUCCAGUUUAAGAUAUGAAUCAUGGAUGUUGCAGACAGCCCUGCGAGGUUCUCAAAUAAACUGAUAAAAGGACUCAUCGGCAGCUUCAUUAUCAUAGUGAUCAUCAUCAUUUUCUCCAAUCUGUUUAUAGUGUAAUUGUGAACCUUUAAAUCCAGAAGUUGAAUGAAUUGUUUCUUAUCAUAAUUUUUUGAACGUAGCAGCUCAUUCAAAUGUUGGAAAGACACACUCCGUGUGAGUAGAGGCUCGAAAAGCGAGCUGCAUCAAGAAUAAACAAUAUCACACCACCGUUCGGUGAAAAUUCCAUUGUUAGGCAAAGAUAAGUGUGUCCACACCAUGAGGAGGGUAGUUCUUUUUUUAAUUUUUAAUUUUCUUUUUGUUGUUAUGCCUAGAAAAAGCGUUUUGUUCAAACCUUGAACUCUACUUCGAAAAGCAAAUUUUGCUUUGUGUGAGGUUUUGCGAGAUACACGACGUAUGAAAAGAACCGGAGUUCUUUGGAGACCCACCAGAAAACGAAUUAGGAGGGAGGUUAAAGCCGGCGAAAGAAACGGGCGAAUUCUCUUCCGCAAAAAUCCCAGUACGCACGUUUCUGUUUUUGUUUUUCCUACUUUUCCCUCUUUUUGGGUAUGCGGAUCUCAGAACAUCCUAGGUAAGUCUUCACGACUUCUUGAUUGCCCAUAAGCCAAAAAUCUCCGUUCCAAGAAACACCGAGUCAUACGACCUUUCGACACGGAAACUCAUUAAGAAAGCUGCUUUUUUUAAAAAUCACGCUACCAACUUAAACACAAUAUUUUAACAUUUCAGUGCUCAAAAACAGUAGCAUCAGUUCAAACCUUAGAAUCCACUAACAUCAGGUAGCUUUGUUCGCCGCAAAGCACAAAUGAAAUAUUUGACUUUGUUGAAUGGGCCAAGAUUUCGUGGAUCCUAAACUAAUUUUAAAAAAAUCCUCUUCGGAAAACAUUUUUGAAAGCUGUCUGAAGAACAUCCGAUCGUAAAUUUCUGCCUUUGCGCCUGCAAAAUAAACUCCACACUGAAAAAACUUCUGAAAUUCCAUUUUCUGAAUUCCUCUUGUAAUAAACCUGUCGAAUGAAAUACGUAACGCCACUCAAAAAUUUUUUUAACUUGCAAAGAUUUUUUUUUUCCAUCAAUACUGAAAAAGUUCUAUUGGAAGGCCUUGCUAAUUUCUAUAUCUCAUUUCUAUCAAUGACCCGAUUUCAUCACAGAAAAAAAAAAAAUUGCAAAACCAAUUUGCGCCUAGAAAGAAGUCGAACCUUCGUUAUAGCUUCCCGAUAGUAAGAGCGCUAAUCAGUGUACCCCCAGGAAGUUAUAUUGCUUCAGUGGCUUGGAAAAACUUUCCACUGUCGAAAUCAGCCAAAAUGUAGAAGUGUCAGCUGAAAAUAAACGCCAGUUGCUUCCAGUUAUCGCAGAGAAGGUUUUCACGACUUGCAAUUUUUUUCAACUGAAAAGAGCAAUUUUAUUCUGCCGUCAUUGUUUGGACGACUUCAGUCCGAAACAAUCGAGUCGGUUCUGGAGAGCUAAGAAUAAGAAUGAAGCAAAAUGUUUGGCGCAGACACUACGCUGCCGCAUCGGAUUUCCCCAAGCGAUUUCCGGACUCAUCAAGAGACGGUGUUUCUGACGCUCAGGUUCAUUUUUGACUCUAUUGCCCCUUCACAAGUGCUUGUUCAAGGAAUUAAAAGCAUAUGAUUCUUCAGAGAGAAGAGAAAAUCUCGCAGCGAAGAUCUUCCAGAUCAGUAUCAAUUGAUACUAAUCUGACCUUUGUGUCUUGAAUUAUCCCAGCAAACUGCACUUUUAAUUUUAUUCCCAAACAGCAAUCAAGGCGGUGCGUGUGUCAUCGCGUGGGUCGCACCAUCUGAAUGGCUUGAACCGUUAGAAAACUCUUGCUUUUUCUAUUUGUCUAACGGCUGACUAACAACUCGAACUUUUGUUUUCAUUUAAGGUUCCUUUGUCUCCAGAAAAUUGUGGCGUCCCAUACUUCUUGAGUUCACUUUCAACGAAUCUAGGCUAAAGUACUUUGAUUUCUGA